AUGGUGGGCGCUGCUGGUCUUCCCGGGCAGUGGGCCGUGAUCCAACUGUGGGAGAGCGGAGAGACAGAGCCCACAACGACGUGGAAGCUCCGCAGACGCGCCUACCCAACCGCACACCUCGCCGCCAACAGCAUCAGCUACGCCGGCGCCUACGAUGCAGGUGCCACCCCCAACGCCGGCUACCAAGGCGCUCACGAUGCCCAGCCCCAGCUCUUCACCCCGGGCGCUCCCGAGCCCGUCCCAGCCCCGUACGGUGCAGCUCAGCCUGCACCCGGUGCGCCCGGUAUGGCAUCGGCGCCCGGCGUGCCUGCUCCCGGCGUCGCUCCAGGCUACCCCGGCAACAACGUUCAGGGCCUCACCAACCAGUUCCAGGGCAUGGGCAUGGGCGGUGGUGCUGCGGCUGGCAUGGGUCAAAAGUUCAGCACGCUCCAGACCGUCAACAUCAGCGGCGUACAGCCCAACGUCAACGACCUUGAGCGUCCGCCCCCCGAGAUCCGCCUCCCGCCCAACGCCUGCGUCUCGGCCAAUCCCAAGGCCAACGCAGACCCCUCCUACCAGCGAUGCACGCUCAACGCCAUCCCCACCACUUCCUCGCUCCUCCAAAAAUCAAAGAUCCCCCUCGGCCUCGUCCUCUCUCCCUACCGCUCCGUGCGCGAGCAGGACGGCGACGAACCCGUGCCCGUCGUCACCGACACCGUCAUCGCCCGAUGCCGUCGCUGCCGCACCUACAUCAACCCGUACGUCACGUUCAUCGAGAACGGCAACCGCUGGAAGUGCUGCAUGUGCAACAUCUCCAACGAAGUGCCGCAGCUCUUUGACUGGAACUCCGAGACCAACCAGCCCGCCGACCGAUGGCAGCGCCCCGAGCUCAACCACUCGGUGGUCGAGUUCAUCGCGCCGCGCGAGUACAUGGUGCGCCCGCCGCAGCCGCCCGUGUACACGUUCCUGAUCGACGUCAGCUACCACGCCAUCAACUCGGGCAUGGUCGCCACCGCCGCACGCACCAUCCUCGAGACGCUCGACCGUCUGCCCAACUCGGACAACCGCGCCAAGAUCUGCAUCAUCGGCGUCGACACCAGCCUGCACUUUUUCAGCAUCACGCCCGAGUCCACCGAGCCCGAGAUGCUCGUGGUGAGCGACCUCGACGACGUCUUCCUGCCCAAGCCCAACGACCUGCUCGUCAACCUCACCGAGUGCCGCGCCGGCGUCGACGCGCUGCUCCAGCGCCUCGGCGACAUGUACAAGGACUCGCUCGUCACCGGAUCCGCGCUCGGCGCCGCGCUCCAGGCCGCCUACAAGCUCAUCUCGCCCAUCGGCGGCAAGAUCAUGGUGCUCACCGCCUCGCUCCCCAGCGUCGGGCCCGGCGCGCUCAAGAACCGCGAGGAUCCCAAGCUGCUCGGCACCGCCAAGGAGUCCACGCUGCUGGCUGCCGCCUCGUCGUUCUACAAGACCUUCCCCAUCGACUGCUCGCGCUCGCAGGUGUCGGUGGACAUGUUCCUCUUCGCCUCGUCGUACACCGACGUGGCGACGCUCUCGUGCCUCCCGCGCUACACCGGCGGCCAGACGUUCUUCUACCCGGCCUUCCACGCCGGCCGCACCGAGGAUGCCGUCAAGCUGUCGCACGAGCUCUCCGAGGUGCUCGCCAGCCCCAUCAGCUACGAGGCGGUGCUGCGUCUGCGUGCCACCAAGGGCAUCCGCGCCACGGCGUUCCACGGCAACUUUUUCGUGCGCUCCACCGAUCUGCUUGCGCUGCCGGCGGUGCCGCUCGACCAGAGCUAUGCGAUCGAGUGCGAGAUCGAGGAGACCAUCAAUGCGCCCUUUGUCGUCUUCCAGUCCGUGGUGCUGCACAGUACCAGCUCGGGCGAGCGUCGCAUCCGCGUAGUCAACCUCGCGCUGCCGACGACGACGAGCAUGUCCGAGGUGUAUGCCAACGCGGAUCAGGUGGCGAUUGCUACGCUGCUGGCCGACAAGGCGGUGGAGAGGAGCAUCCACUCGAGGCUCGAAGACGCGCGCGACGCGCUGUUCAACAAGCUCGUCGAGAUCUUUUCGACGUACAAGUCGACCAUGACGUCGGCGGGUAGUGGCGCGAGUCCGCAGCUGAGCAUUGCGCAGAAUAUGGCGCAGUUGCCGCUGCUUGUGCUGGCUCUGCUCAAGCAUGUGGGUAUUCGACAGUCGGCGUCGAUCCCGUCGGACCUGCGUGCGUAUGCGCAGGCGCUGCUCACCACGCUGCCCGCGCAGCAACUCAUCCCCUACCUGCAUCCGAGCUUCUACUGCCUGCACAACAUGGCUCCCGAUGCCGGCACCACCGUGGCCGAAAAGGGCUUCGUCAUGCCGGCCAAGCUCAACCUCACGUCGGAGCGGUUCGAACGCCACGGUCUGUACCUCAUCGAAGAUGGUCAGAACAUCUUCCUUUGGGUGGGCAGGGAGGCGGUUCCGCAGCUGUGCAUGGACGUGUUUGAUGCGCAGAACUACGGUGCGCUGCGCGGCGGCAAGACGACGCUGCCCAAGCUGGACAACAGCAUGAACGCGCGCGUCAAUGCGAUUGUGGCGCGCAUCCGCGAGAGCAGGCGCGGUCCGUACCGACCGCAUCUGUACGUCGUCAAGGAGGACGGCGAGCCGAGCCUGAGGCUGUGGGCACUCAGCCUGCUCAUCGAGGACCGCUUCGAACAGACGCCGAGCUACAUGCAGUUCAUCGGCCAGCUGCGCGACAAGGUCAACGGCGGCUCGUAG